AUGUCGAGUAAAAUUUCCAGAAUAAACAAACAAUAUUGUGGAAUGUUGGGUUUAAAAAUUAAUGUUAAACUUCAAGGAAGUAAUAUGUCUUUACAAAAUGGCUUUCUUCCAUUUUUCCAAGAUGAACCAACUAUUGUAUUUGGUGCUGACGUUACCCAUCCUAAAUUUGGUGAGGAGACAACACCUAGUAUUGCAGCAGUAGUUGGAUCAUUUGAUCCAAAAGGAACAAAAUAUGCUACCUCGAUUAGAUUUCAAGCACCCCGUACCGAAAUCAUUUCGUCACUUCAAGAAAUGGUUCAAGAACUGUUAAAAGUUUUUUAUAAAGAAACUAAAAGGAAACCGCAACGAAUUUUGUUUUAUCGUGAUGGUGUUAGUGAAGGACAGUUUGAGGCUGUUAAAACUACUGAAGUAGAACAGAUUAGAAAGGCUUGUACCCAACUAGAAGCCACGUAUAAACCAGCCAUUACAUUUAUAGUUGUUCAAAAAAGGCAUCAUGCUAGAUUCUUUCCUACGGACUCUAAGAAUGUAGAUAGAUCAAGAAAUUGUCUUCCAGGAACCGUUGUGGAUAAAUCUAUAACACAUCCAUUUGAAUAUGAUUUCUAUUUAUUAUCGCAUCCCGGCUUACAAGGAACAUCCCGUCCUACUCAUUAUCAUGUUUUAGUUGAUGAUAAUAAAUUCAAACCGGAUGUUCUACAAACUCUUACAUAUAAUUUUUGUUAUCUUUAUGCGAGAUGUCCACAAGCAGUUUCUAUGGUUCCACCUGCAUAUUAUGCACAUUUGGCAGCGUUUCGUGCAAGAUUUUGGAAAAAAAAACCAACCCAGUUUGAAGAUGACAGUGCUGAUAGCGAACAAAGUACCAACGUAGAAGAUUAUGGUUUAAUGAAACCUGAAUUACAAAAAAUCAUGUUUUAUAUUUAA